AUGAAUCUAGUUGAUUUGUAUUUGAAUUUAGUUUAUGCAAUGAAUAUUCUUCCUCUUAGGGACUUUUUUAAAGAAAGAGGUGUCACAAAUGUUAUCAAUGUAAAUUGUAAUCAGAAAACCAUAUUUUGGCAUAGUAAGUUGUUCAAUGACUAUAAUAUUUAUUUGGCAAGUAUUGAUACUAAAGUAAAUGUCAGUGAAAUACCAUAUGGCCUUAAUAAGAUGGGGAUAGUGGUCAAUAGCUCCUGUGAAGAUUGGUUGCAGGCAUUCUAUUAUGUCGCAAAGAAUAUUUCUUUCAAAAGUUCUUUUGUCUGGCUAAUAGUAUCUGAAGAUAUAGAAUCAACAGCCAAUGCUUUGUCUAAUUAUUCAAUAGAAAUUGAUUCAGAUGUAACAAUUUUAUCAAAGGAGAUGGAUAUUUAUAAUUUUUAUGAGGUGUACCAUACAUAUUACUUUUAUGGUAAACUCUCUGUGAGAUAUGUGGGGUUUUGGAAUGAGCAUUUACAAAUUAUUAGAGGUGGUAAAAGAGAUAUAAGUGGCUUAAGAAUAAAAUGCUUUAUGGCACUCACUGUUAAGUUGAAAAACGAAACUUUUGAAGAGCACAUAAAGAAACCGAAAAUAUCUAACGGUGAUUCACUCCAUAGAUUAAAAUUUGUUGCACUGUUAAAUCAUAUACGUGACAUGUUUAAUUUUAGUCUCGAUCUUCAGCGCACCAAUUCAUGGGGAUAUGCACGUAAUUACGGUGAAUUUGACGGGAUUGUAGGUACUCUGCAGCGACGCGAAGCGGAUAUUGGUGGAUCACCUCUUUUUUUUAAGAUUGAAAGAGCGAAAGUGAUUGAUUAUAUAGUAGAUACCUGGCAGAGUAGACAGUGUUUCAUAUUCCGUCAUCCUAAGCAUUCCGGUGGUUUCUACACAAUCUACACGAGACCAUUGACUGCCAGAGUGUGGUACUGCAUACUGUGCGUACUCGCACUUUCGGCUAUCAUACUGCGGUUGAUGUUGAAAGUUAUAGCUCCAAGUCCGGAUGCCGAGAAUUCAGACUCUUCGUUUAGUUUGGCACUAUUAUUUAUAUGGAGUGCGAUAUGCCAACAAGGCAUGCCAGUCGACAGAAAUUCGACGUCCGUCAAAAUGGUAAUAUUCGUAACAUUCAUAUACGCGGUAACUUUGUAUCAGUACUACAACGCCACUGUGGUUUCCACAUUGCUGAGAGAGCCACCGAAAAACAUCAGAACCUUGGAGGAUCUCGUCAAAAGUAAUCUCAAGGCAGGAGCUGAAAACGUACUGUACGCAAAGGAUUUCUUCAAAUUUACGACCGAUGAAGUUGCUUUGGAAAUGUACCGUAAGAAGAUCGCGCCUGCCCACCAAUACAAUUUUUAUACAGUGGAACAUGGCAUGGCUUUGGUUAAGCGAGGGGGUUUCGCUUUUCACGUGGACAGUGGGCUAGCCUACAGAAUAAUGAGGCGUCAAUUCACUGAAAGGGAAAUUUGCGAAGCAUAUGAGAUUCUCUUGUAUCCACCUCAAAGAAUGGGAUUCGUUGUCAGGAAGUCCUCGCCGUAUAAGGAAUAUUUUAAGUAUGGGGUGAGAAAAGCUUUCGAGAGUGGUUUGAUGCACCGUUUGAAAUCAGAGUGGGACGUUUCAAAGCCGCUUUGUGUCCAUACGCCCGAUAGCAGCGUGUUUUCCGUGUCUAUACGAGAGUUUUCUACAGCCCUAUUGGCGCUUACGGGAGGAAUGGUGGCAUCUAUAAUCUUGCUUCUGGGAGAAAUAGUGGUGAAGAUGCAACAGACAAAGCGACGAAUGAGCCGCCAUAUUGCUUUUCAACAUUGAUUGGUUUUGCAGUUGUUACGUUACUUGAGAGUUAGAUAGAGUUUUAAGAUAUCUAUUAUUAUAAUUAUUUAGUUCCACUAUUAUAGUGGAAUGUAUGAAGUAAAAUAUCUUUUCCUUAUUCCUUAACCCCUAAGAUUUUGCACUAUUUGCGUGUAAGGUAUACUUGUUACCCGAAAACAAUAAUGAGAAACUUAGCUUUAUGUUAAUUUACGAAUGUUGUAAUAUUACCCAUACUUUUUUACUUACGCUAUUAAUGUGUAGGAUGUCUAAGGAUGCGUAGAAAAUUAAAUAAAACUUGUUUAUCUUCCAUCAGAUAUUUUUAUUUA